GAGGGCUAUAAAUGAGCUGUAGCUUCACAAAGACUGUUAGUCAAUCAGGACAGGACAUGCAGUGUAUGUUACAGACAUCAGACUGGGAGGGACAUUCGCACAGCUGUCCAAUUCAUCCCUGACAUCCGCAGGAUUUGCUCUACUUCUCGAAAGGCUCUGAUACGGUGCAGGUAAAAUGGUCGGUCAUCAGCGGCUCCCCUGGAUUAAUAAUCCAACCUCCGGCUCAAUCUCAGCGACUUCAGACAAGCAGGAACAGGAAAUAUCUUCAGAUUGCCUCGGUAACAGAAAUAAAUUGACCUGUCACCACUUCUGUCCAGUGGUUGCUCUCUCAACACUCUGCUUGUUGCUGCUUGUGACCUGUGUAGCACUUUCUGUCUUGUAUAACAAUGAGUCAGACAGCAAGCCAGAAUGGAAAAUUCUCCUCUUCGACUACCAGAACAUCAGUGACAGCUACCUCACUCUUACUAAAGCAAACAACGACCUGAAAGGAGACAAUGAAAUCUUGAAGGAGCACAACGCCUGGCUACAUGAACAGGCCGAACUUCUCAACAGGACUUCAGCCAAACUGAUGUCUGUAAAUCUGGCUUUGAGUUUGGAGAGCAUAGAUUUAAUGGAGCAAAUUGUGAAUCUAACUUCUACAAACUUACAACUCACACAAGAACAUGAGCGGCUUGUCCAGUACACAUCUGAGCAGGAGGAAAAGAUCAAAUAUCUGGGCGACUCCAACACUCAGCAAGAGGAGGAGGCACAACGACUCUCUGAGAUGAACAGCCUUCUGAAGGAUGAGCUGUUUCAAGUGGACGAAAAGAAUCAAGAACUUCUGGAAAUCAAUGACAAGUUUCAAGGAGAAAUAAAAAAUCUGACAGAGAAGAUCGGCGCUUUGUUGAACGACAACAGCGAGAAGGCGUCAAAACACAACAUGCAGCUCCAGGAGAGAGUAACAGAGCUUCAAAAGCAAAACCAGAACCUGAGCACCAUGUGGAUGAACAAGAGGCAGGAAGCAGCAGAGUGUGAGGAAAGCAGGAGAAACGAGGUGGACCGAACAGUGGCGGACAUGCAUUCAAUGAAGGAGGCGUACCACUCCCUAGACCUCUACUGCCCCGUGGUUAAUCACAAGACGAAAGAACGGACUUGCAAAAAGUGUCCCAAAAGCUGGAGACUGUUUGAGACCAAGUGCUACUAUUUCUCCUCUCGCAUGCUCACCUGGACCUCCAGCAGAGCCUGGUGCCAGACACAAGGGGGCGAACCAGAACAGAACUUUAUUUUUGAAAGCAGCCAGGCUCUGAAGCAGGGCGGCACCAGGCUGUGGAUCGGUAUGACAGACGCAGAGGAGGAGGGUGAUUGGUUCUGGGUGGACGGCAGCUCACUCACUUCAGAUGUACAGUACUGGCUGAGCAGACCAGGAAUGGGGACUGAGCCUGAUGACUGGAAGCUGGAUGACCCUCUAGGAGAAGACUGUGGACACAUAGACACCAGUGAAAAUGCACUCCAGUCCUGGAUGGAUGGCUCCUGUAAGAUACCUUAUAGAUGGAUCUGUGAAAAAAAUGUUUAGAUCGUCCAAGAACAUUUUUAUUUCUCAUUUUAUAUUGUAAAUAUAGCAGUAAUACAGUAAUUUGAAGUUAUAAUUUUAUAGUCAAUUAUAGGACUAUAUCCAUGAUGAAUUCAAUUGUUGCUAUGUAUUAAAA